AUGAGAACCAUGGAUCUGAUAGAUACGAGGAAGACAGAAGAGCGAGAAAACCAUACCCGUACAAUGCAAGGUAUUUUGAAGUUUGUGGAAAUCACGGUUAACCUCCUGGUGCUGAUUUGUGUGGGCGCUGCCCAGGCCUCUGUUGCAGGCUUCACGUCCCUUGGCGGCUUCGGAUCCUUUAGCCUGAAUUCAGCCUAUAGCCCCUUUGAGGGCACGGAGCUCCGGGAGGUGAGGGAGCUAGACAUGCAGUUCACCCAGAUGAGAGCCCCUUGUGUGUAUGGCGGAGUAGCCUUCAGCUUAACCGCAGCAGCGCUUACCCUCGUCUUCCUUGUCGUGGGAGCAAAACCCAUCCAGCAGCUCAGGACGGGGCUGCUGGCCGGCGAGUGUGCCUUCAACCUGCUGGCUGGCGUGGCAUACGUAGUGGCGGUCGGCCUCUACCUCCAUUUUGUCAGCCAGGUGAACUCCACAGAAGUUUGCAAGAGGCGCGAGAGGCUGUACGCGCGCCGUGGGUACACCUCCAUGAACUGCGUGGUCCAGGGUGGCGAUGCGGCCAUCGGCCUUUUUGGUGUCGCUGCCGCCUGUUUGUACUUUGCCAGCUUUGUGGUCUGCGUCCUCGCUAUCCGAACCGUCCGGGCCUUCCAGAGCCAUGUGGCCAAGGCUCAGCAGAGCCCCAAAAGCAGCAUUAGAGACAGAAGCGUCAGAAACCACCAUGCCGUCCACAGAACCUCUGAAAGCUCCCAGAACGUCCAGGCCCUUGCCACGUUAGUGUGA